GGCGGGAUACGCGUGCGCGGUGGGCGGAGCACUCCGCUACCUUCUCAACCAGCCCCGGCUCUUUCAGUCCUGGCCAACCCGGUGUGGUGCUGGUGUUUCACCGCCCGGUCGCGCAGAAUUGCUGCGGCUGCGGAGUGGGCGUUCGGUUGUCGGGUCGUCAUGGCUGGCUACGAUUACGUGAGCCCGGAGCAGUUGGCUGGCUUUGAUAAGUACAAGUACAGUGCUUUGGAUACCAACCCACUCUCUCUGUAUGUUAUGCAUCCAUUUUGGAACACUAUAGUGAAGGUAUUUCCCACUUGGCUGGCUCCCAAUCUUAUAACCUUUUCUGGCUUUCUUCUGGUUGUAUUCAAUUUUCUACUUCUGACAUACUUCGAUCCUGACUUUUAUGCUUCAGCACCAGGCCAUAAGCAUGUACCUGAUUGGGUUUGGAUUGUCGUGGGCAUCCUCAACUUUGUAGCUUAUACUCUAGAUGGAGUGGAUGGAAAACAAGCUCGUAGAACCAAUUCCAGCACCCCUUUAGGGGAGCUUUUUGAUCAUGGCCUGGAUAGUUGGUCAUGUGUUUACUUUGUUGUAACUGUGUAUUCCAUCUUUGGACGAGGAUCAACUGGUGUCAGUGUUUUUGUUCUUUAUCUCCUGCUAUGGGUAGUUUUGUUUUCUUUCAUCUUGUCGCACUGGGAAAAGUAUAACACAGGAAUUCUUUUCCUGCCAUGGGGAUAUGACAUUAGCCAGGUGACUAUUUCUUUUGUCUACAUAGUGACUGCAGUUGUGGGAGUUGAGGCCUGGUAUGAUCCUUUCCUGUUUAAUUUCUUAUAUAGAGACCUAUUCACUGCAAUGAUUAUUGGUUGUGCAUUAUGUGUGACUCUUCCAAUGAGUUUAUUAAACUUUUUUAGAAGUUAUAAAAACAACACUUUGAAACACAAUUCAGCCUAUGAAGUUUUGGUUCCCUUCUUUUCUCCAUGUUUGCUCUUCAUUUUGUCUACAGUGUGGAUUCUCCGGUCACCUUCAGAUAUUUUAGAGAAACAUCCUAGAGUGUUCUACUUCAUGGUUGGCACAGCUUUUGCCAACAUCACAUGUCAGCUAAUCGUUUGUCAAAUGAGCAGCACUCGGUGCCCAACUUUGAAUUGGUUGCUGCUCCCUCUCUUCUUGGUUGUCAUAGCAGUGAACUUAGGAGUAGCUUCUCAUCUUGAGAGUGUUCUCCUUUGCACAUUGACAGCUGCCUUCACCCUGGCCCACAUCCAUUACGGAGUACGAGUGGUGAAGCAGCUGAGCAGCCAUUUUCAGAUUUACCCUUUUUCAUUGAGAAAACCAAACUCAGAUUGACUAGGAAUGGAAGAAAAGAAUAUUGGCCUGUAAUCUUCAGAAAGUACUGUAAAUAGAUGCUUGUAAAUAUUUCAUCCAUCACCAUUGAACUAAAGUGAUCUGCUUGACAGACAUGGGGUUAUCAGUGUGUAUGGUACUUGGACCACAGGAAUGAAACAUGAUCUGAACUUGUGGAAUUUUGGAUUUUCUAACUCCCAACUUACUUUAUUUUUUUAUAAAACGUGACAUUUUGAUUAAGCACGGUAUACAUUAAACCAGCUAAAUGUUCCUGGCUUCGUGAGCCUAUAAUGUUCUGACUCAUACAGAAUUAAAGAUGAUUUGUUUUUAUUUUUAAAUCCCCAGAUUGAUUCAGGAACACAAAUAGCAUUCAGAUAACCAUAAUAUGUCUUAAUAUUUGGUAUUUUAUAAUAGGUCUUUAGCUGUGGAAAUGAUCAACAGCCUGAAUUUAAAAUAGAGAAGAGGUUAAAACAAAACAAAACAAAAAACCAAGUCACUAUCAGCCAGAGAUGCCAGUGACUCUGAAACAGUAUUCAGUUGCCAAAUUCUGGUUUCUCUUUCCUAUGGAAAUGUCUUUUGUCCUCACCUGCUAGGAGAGAUUAUUUAGUGUCCCGACUCUUUAUUAGGGGCUAAAUCAUGAUAAAUGGGCUGAUUUUCUUUUAGUGAGAAAUAUUCUAUUGUUACUAGCAAAUGGGUUGUAGUUCUAGCUCACCCACUGACUUGGUUCAUUGUUUAAUUGUGGCAUUUCCUCCCUUGGCUGUGGUUGCUGUAUCUGAUGCCUAUGAUUUUUAAGAAUAUAUAUGGCAGUUCUGAUCUUGUGGGAUUACUUGUGAGGAUGCAGAUAAAGCACCAUGGGAGAGGAAAGUUAAAUUGGAGUUAGGAAUCUCAGAACUUCAAACUGAAAUUAGUUUUCUGACACAGUCUGUCUACCUGUCUUUCCUUGCUUUCUCUCUCACUCUCCUUUUUGGGGGUGAGAUGCUGUGGUUUUAAUUCUCAUACAGGAUAAAUCAGAGAGACAUUCUCUAUUCCCAACUUGCCCACCUCCCUAUUUGAAGAAAACUUUUGAUACAUAUGCUUUACUGAGUAUUUACUUCCUUAUAUAACUCAACAUAAUUUUGAGAUUUGCUGACAACAUUAAAAUCCUUUUAACUGUAUUAUGGUUGUUGUGUAAAUCACAUCUUUUCAUGAAUGUAGGCAUUUUCUUUCUUUUUGAUUUUUGUCUUCAUUUAGUUUGGUGGUGGUGAAAUUUACUUGCUGAAUUGAUUUUCCACUGAAUGAAGUUUGUGCUUGAAUGAAGAGUGUAUCUUAAACCCUUUUUUUUUUUUGGACAGGUUGCACUUGGAUUAAAUAGGCACCACUUGUGUUGAUAAUGUAAUUAAAUUCUUAACUGUUAUUUAUCUAUAAAUGUGACCAUAGUGAAAUAUUGUAGUGCAUUUUUUUGUUGAAUUUCUGUCUACUGCUUUGUAAAAAAAACAAACAAAACAAAAUCUAAUCAUUGUCAUCCAGGUUGUUGGAAAUGAGUCAAGGAGCUAGCUCAUGGCUUAUACUUGGUUCUAAAAAUUGUAAAGGCUUAGGUGUGUUUGAACUUUUAAGACAAAAUGAAAAUGAAAACAUGAAAAAUUGGUGUGGGAAAAUGAAUAGUGAUUUAUGUUUGUUAGAUAAAUAAAUUGCCAUCAUGAAGGUUUAAUAAUGA